AUGCCGCCCACGGCCACUAACAAGGUGAAGCUGCCCCGGCAGCACGUCUGGAGGAGCAUCCUGCAGCGGCUGCUCGCCCCGGCGGCCACGCCGCGCAAGGCCGCGCUGACCACGCCACGGAAGCCCCGCAGGGCGGCUGGCACAGCUGCUGCCGGCCUCUCCCCCGCCGUCAAGCGCGAGCCGCCCACCACGGCGAAGAAGGCCGAGCAGGCGAAGGCGCUCAAGGCGCUUCUUGGCAUCAAGGUCGUGGAGAAGGUCAAGAAGAUGCGAAAGCUGAAGGUCGCCGCGCGGCCUGCCGCCGCACCGUUCCUCGGCGACCCCCCCCCGGGGGCGCUCCGGGACGGCGCGCGCUCCACGGAGGGCGCCCGGAGGGAAGACGUCUGGGUGCUCUGCAUCAACCUGGACAGCUACGCGGGCCGCUGGGCGCACGCGCGCAGCUGGGCGGAGGGGGAGCCCGGGGUGCGGCUGCAGCGCGUGGAGGCGGUUGACGGCCGGGCGGCCCCGGAGGAGCCUCGCGUCCAGGCGGCGUGCGAGCAGGGUGAGACCGUGAGCAGCCAAAUCGCUCAGCAGAGAGGCAUGCUGUAUUGGUGCAGCCAGCGAUGGUUCCGACUGCCCCUGUCAGUGGGCAACGCCCAGCACAUCGGCCAGCCGGCCUGGCUCCACCUCGCCGCCGGCUCCACCUCGCCGCCCGCCCUUGCGCAGCCCGACGCCCCCCAGCCAUCCGCAAGUGCUGCCGAGACCCCGAUGAGUACGGCCGUCUCCUGCCGCCCUGCGGGCGGCCGCGCCAUGACGGUGUCUGGGUUGACGGUGCCCAGGGGCCUUGUUGCGCCUGCCGCUGCUGGUAACCCAGUUGGCCCUCCAGCGGUGCUGCACCACCAGCCGCCAGACUUGCAGUUGCCAAGCGGGCCAGGCCCAGGCCAGCGGCUUGCGUCCGGGUCCCCGGACAGCAGUCAGGCCGUGCUGUCGCCCGUGCGCGGGGGGUGGCAGGGGACCGGCCCGUUCGAGCCCGGGAUGUGGGGCAACUACAUGUCGAAGGAGAGAGUCCGGGGUUCUGCGCAGGAGCUCGUGGCCGCUGAGGGGAAGGCGGACAUCAAGAAGGCAGAGAUGCUCGACAGCGAGCUCGACCCCGCGUCCGAGGCGGCCUCCGCGGGCGCGGCCGCGGCGGUGCCGGCGCAGCAGCCGCAGGCGGAGCCCCGCCAGCAGGCGCCGCCUGGGCAGACUGGCCUAUGCGCCGGCCCGGCGAUCUACGACGGGCCCACCAUGGGCUGGGAGGACUGCCGCACGAGGUGCAUCGGCCACUGCAGGUUCUGGAGCUUCUGGCACGACUCCGUGCAGCACCGGUGCAAGCUGACCACGGACUGCUUCCGACGCGAGCGCGAUGGCCACCUCCACGUCAGCGCGUACAGGAUUUCGCUGGACGCGGCGAGCGAGGAGGAGAGCAAGGAGCAGGCCGCCUGGGACCGCGGGGAGACGCCCGUCGACCCCGAGCUGCCCGAGGAUGAGGCCGCCGCGCCGCGCGCCGCGCCCGAGGCCGAAGAGGCGACCUGCUCGCCGCGGGGCUCGGCGCGCAGGUUCGCCAUCUCGCCGGAGAGCGGCUGGCACAACCUCGGCAAGGCGCGCUCCUACGUCAGCUGCGCGAACACCUCGCUGCACAUGGGCUUCCGGAGUCUCGUCUGGAACGUCGGCUCGACGGCCAGGGGCCGCUGCUACGGCUUCUCCGGCGACGUGCCGAGCGUCCUCGGGAGCAGCUGCGGGGAGGCGUACUGCUGGCUGUUCGGCGCGGCGGUCUCGGCGUGCCGGGACCAGGGCCCCACGGGCGGUGCGGCUGCCGAGGCGGAGGUCGGCGAGAAGGUCCUCGAGGAAAGGCCCCCUGCAGCGGCGAAGAGCACGGUGGCGGAGGCCGCGUCUCCCAGGCCCAGCGGGGCGUCCGAGGCGCCGAAGCCGCCGCGCGAUGAGCAGAAGCAGGGGGCGCUGCAGAAGCUCCAGAACUUUUUCCACCGCCUCAGGUGA